AUGGAUCCCCUUUUGACCAAUACGCCAGAUCGUGCAUGGGCUCGUUCCGGUGCCCCCGAAAUCAGUGGCAAGAAACCGUCGGCUACAUUGCGAGACUCUGUUGCUCUUCCCCUCUCCUAUAGUGGAGAUCAGAUUCUAAGUGGCUUCACUUCGGAAUAUUCUGGUUGUUGCCUUGACCUUAAGGGAACAUGUUUCCCUACCAUUGUAGCAAUCCUCAAUAUCAGUUGGAUGGUCACUGUACGCUGCUUCUCUCCGGCCUUGGACAUUUGCCUAGGUCUUCAUUCGCAGCCCAGAGUCUACUUCGUCACAAGGUUAGCAAAUGGGGCAGACCACCAUGGCCCCGUUGUUGGCCUAAACCCUGAAGCCCCGAUCAAAGAUUUAGUGCGUGAUAUGGCUCUCGUUCAUCUUAACGCGACGCGAAAAACACUAGCCGGCUACGAUUCUUCCGACGAUAUGCCCGGGAAGUUCCUCACCACAAAGAUUUGCUAUGGGAAAGAAUUUUCCUCCACAAUAGAGGGACCUAAUAAGGGUAAUUUUGACAUACGACAAACCAGUUCCAGGCUCUUACUGGAUAUCUCGCAGGCAGAUGACGGACUCCAAGUCAAGCUUACUUUCUCCGUCUCUGACACUUCUAGAGAAUUUGCACUUACCGUCUGUUCAUGGGAUGGUGACCUGACCUACAAGCAGCUGGAUGAUGUGACAAGUCGGCUUGGACGGUUUCUGACCAGAAUGGGAGCAGGAAGAGGCACCUAUGUGAUCAGCUGUUUCGAAAAGUCUACAUGGGCAAUUGUCGCCCGCCUGGCCGUCCUGAAAGCCGGCGCCGCGUAUAUCUCCGUCGACGCGGCAGAUCCACCGGUUUUCCUUAAGAACGUGAUUCGCCGGCUGAAUGCAAAAAUAAUGCUUGUUUCUUCAACUUACCGGGCCAGAUACACCCCUUUCAUCUCGUCAGUCAUUCCAAUAACAGCGGAAAUGGUCCAUGCUCUUCCCUUGGCCACCGAGAUCGUCUGCCCCCUGGCAGAACCCAGCGAUGCUUGCCUCGUCCUCUUUACUUCCGGAAGUACUGGAGAGCCAAAAGGAAUCAUCCAGGAGCAUCGAGCGUAUGCCACGGCCGUUCGAGAUUAUAUUGCAUUGCUCGGUCUAGGUCGGCAGAGCCGUGUGCUGCAAUUCGAUGAUUAUGCGUUUGACAUUAGCAAUAACGACUAUUUGACCACCCUCACCGCUGGUGGAUGCUGCUGCGUCCCCACGCCGGCCAAGACUAUUUCCGCUCUCGUGGAGAACAUCAACGCUCUCCAAGUUAACAUGACUUUUCUUACCCCCACCAUCGCCGCCCAGUUUUUCCCUCGUGACGUGCCAACAUUGAAAACAGUCUGCAUGGGUGGCGAGCCGAUGUCCAACGAGCUUUUCACUCGGUGGGCCACUCGCGUGAAAUUAGUGAACCAGUAUGGGAUGGGUGAGGCUGCCACCUUCUGCGCUUAUAAUGACCAAAUCCAACCCGGUCAGAAUGCUAUUGUCGGACGCAGCGGGAGCGGGGCCAUUUGGAUAACAAAUCCAGAUUCUCCUGAUCUCCUUAUGCCAGUGGGCGCUGUCGGUGAGAUUUUGAUUGAAGGGCCUCACCUGGCCCGGGGAUACCUUGACGAUCUCUGCCAGCGGCCCGAUGUAGGGUUCCUACCGGAGGCACCAAGCUGGCUCAGAGUCCUCCAUCCAUCCCGUGCAGCUACGUCAAGGUUCUAUCGUUCUGGGGACCUAGGGAGAUAUACACACUUCGGCGCCGUGGAAUAUCUGGGUCGAAAAGAUACCCUCCUCAAACUCAAUGGGUGUCGCGUCGAAUCCACAGAGGUUGAGCACAUCCUCCGUAGGUCGUUGGGCCCUGGGGACACGGUUAUCGUGGAUGUGCUUGGCGCGGUGGAUGAUCCAAAAGAGCCCUUUCUGGUGGCUUUCCUGUGUUUGGCCAAGAGCAAGGCUACUCUUUCCGCUAUGUCUGAUGACUCGCUCAAGUUCCUCCCUGUCACGCAUCACCAUCCACUUAGUCGGUUGGUGCAGCGCAUGAAAGCUGAUGUCACGGCUACCCUGCCUGUCCACAUGGUCCCACAAUGUUUCAUUCUCAUCAGCCAUGUACCCAGGACCAAGUCGAAUAAGACUGACCGUCGCAAAUUGCACUACCUUGCACAGAAGUGGCACUCGUCGGGGACACUGGAAAAAUGUAAUUCAUUGGAUGGCUGUUGA